GCCACCCUUUGCUUCUCCGCCUUCUGCGAACGGAUCGACAAGAAAAAUAAGCUAAUACAAAAGGACGAAGAGAGUGGGGGGAGCAGCCAUAACUCAGUGACUGGGCACCACCAUCCGACCUACCACUCUUCUUCUCGUGGAAUCCGUCACCGAAAAAUCGUGUUUCCGGCUCGGAAAAGCAGCAUGCUGUCUCUGCACCUUCCCUCCUCCGCCCCUUGCUCGUCCUCUCGCCACUACUCCAAUUCCGACCGCUUUCUUCAGCGUCGCCACCCUGCCGUAUCUCUCAGUCCAGGAAGGAGAAUCGGAGCGAAAUGCAUGCUGGUCCCGAAGGCGAGCUCCGCACCAAGACGGGAGAAGGAUCCGAAGAAACGCAUUGUCGUCACCGGGAUGGGGCUUGUCUCCGUCUUCGGGAACGACGUCGAUGCGUACUACGACAAGUUGCUGGCUGGAGAGAGCGGGAUUGGGUCGAUCCAGCGUUUCGACGCGUCGGUUUUUCCGACGAAGUUCGGUGGCGAGAUACACGGGUUCACCUCGGACGGAUACAUCGAUGCCAAGAACGACCGUCGACUCGACGACUAUAUUCGCUAUGCGCUGGUUAGCGGUAAGAAGGCAAUGGAAAAUGCGGGAUUCGAGCUCAGUAAUCUCGACAAGAUUGACAAGGAGCGAGUGGGUGUGCUUGUUGGCACAGGUAUGGGAGGUCUUACAGUAUUCAAAGAUGCUGCACAAGCACUGAUAGAGAAAGGCUAUAGAAAAAUAAGUCCAUUUUUUAUUCCAUAUACAAUAACUAACAUGGCUUCCGCGUUGCUUGCAAUUGAGCUUGGUUUUAUGGGCCCAAACUAUUCAAUUUCUACUGCAUGUGCAACGUCCAACUACUGCUUCUAUGCUGCUGCUAACCAUAUCCGCAAGGGUGAGGUUGACCUCAUGAUAGCUGGUGGGACCGAAGCUCCCUUGACUCCUCUUGGCAUAGGAGGGUUUGUUGCAUGUAGGGCUCUGUCUCAGAGAAAUGAUGAUCCAAAAGCUGCUUCCAGGCCAUGGGACAAAGAUCGUGAUGGUUUUGUGAUGGGUGAAGGUGCUGGAGUUCUGGUAAUGGAGAGUUUGGAACAUGCCAUGAAACGUGGAGCACCAAUUAUAGCCGAGUACAUGGGUGGUGCUAUUAAUUGUGAUGCCUAUCAUAUGACCGAUCCUCGGGCAGAUGGCUUAGGUGUCUCAUCCUGCAUAGAGCGGAGCCUCCAAGAUGCUGGUGUGAAUGCAGAAGAGGUUAACUACAUAAAUGCCCAUGCAACUUCAACCCUUGCUGGUGAUUUGGCUGAGGUCAAUGCCAUCAAGAAAGUUUUCAAAAAAACUUCUCAGAUCAAAAUGAAUGCCACUAAGUCUAUGAUAGGGCAUUGCCUAGGUGCAGCAGGAGGUCUGGAAGCUAUUGCUACAGUCAAAUCGAUAACAACUGGUUGGCUGCAUCCUACCAUAAAUCAGUUUAAUGUGGAACCUGCAGUAGAGGAGUUUGAUACAGUGCCAAACGUAAAACAGCAACAUGAAGUGAACGUUGCCAUAUCCAAUUCGUUUGGAUUUGGAGGACACAACUCGGUGGUGGUCUUUUCUCGGUUCGAGCCAUAAUGUUGACACUAGAAUUUUCUUUAAAAUUCUCCAUUUGGAGAUACCUCAAUGAGAUCUGCAGUCAAGAAAUAUUUCUCCCAAAAAGGAAAUUUUGGUCCAAGGAACUUCUCCUUGCUAUGUUGACAUGGGCGAAGGGAAUUCCCUACAGUGAGCCAGUGAGUAUGCUACCCUAUCUUCUUUUCUGCAGAAGUCUUCUAUUGUACAGACUUCUGUUGAAUCUCAUAUUUAUAAGUUGUAGAACUUUUGCUGUUCAUUGGUUUCAAGUUAACUCUUCCUUUGACAAUCGCAUGACUCAUCAGUGCUCUUUUGAUGGCCGUCACUAGAUCAUGUUCUGGAACGGAUAUGAUCCCUUUUACCUAUCAUAUUUUAAAUGGAUACUAUUUAUUCCCAUCUGGUUGCCUUUGGGCAACUAGUUUUCUGUA